AGCUAAUUUUCACCGGCUGUACGGUUCUUCACGUAGAGCCGGCCUUAAUAAUUUGCCCAAUAUGGAGUGUCUUUGGUGAUACUCCGUAAUAGCCACAAAUCCACAAUCAUGAGUUCAGGGCAAACCUCUUCCUCUUGUCCGAAAUUCCUACUGAAAAUUGAAAAGGAGCAAUAAAAAAUCCAAAACCCCCAUUAAAAUGCUCAUCUGGAAAUGGUUUCCAAAACCCUAAUCUCAUGCCCAAUUUUCGCGCCACCGGUUCCAUCACACCACCACCGGCCCGCCACCUCCGUUGGCUUUUCUCGGUGGAACAACGCCAACGCCGAGAAGUUCAAUCGACAUGAGCGGACCCUGAAGGAAAUCGAAGACGAUAUCCGCUUCCACAAGCGGCACAACGCCGCCUUCAACAUCAUCAACAAUUACAAUCCUGCCCCUCCUUCUCCGGUCACUGAAACUUUCAAAUCCAUCGGAACCCCUUCUGAUCCUUCCAAGCCAUCAAUUCCAGGUAAGAAAUCGAAAUACUCAAAGCCUUACAGGAAUUCUGGGGACCCUCACCCGGCCUUUGGGCCCCCAAUUGUUCGUUUUAGGAAGAUCCCAGAUGUGAGCGAAAGAUCAAACAUUGACGGUGACAGUGAUGUAGCUGAGCCCACCCAAGAAUCAAACAGGAAGGUCAGUGUAACUGAAAAUGGUGUCACCUACGAGUUCUCAGAAGCUCCAUUCCCUUAUCAGUAUAGUUACACUGAGACACCAAAGGCAAAGCCUUUGAAGCUUAGGGAGCCAUUAGUAAUGCCAUUUGAGCCAACAACUAUGGCAAGACCAUGGACUGGGCGAAAGCCGCUUCCUCCGAGCAAGAAGAAGUUACCGGAAUUUGAUUCUUUUAAGCUGCCUCCGCCCCAUAAGAAGGGAGUGAAGCCAGUCCAAGCUCCGGGUCCUUUCUUGCCAGGGACUGGACCAAAGUAUGUGACUUCUCGAGAAGACAUUUUGGGGGAGCCCUUGACGAAAGAGGAAAUUGAGGCGCAUGUUAAUAGCUGUAAGAAAACAAAGCGGCAACUGAAUAUGGGAAGAGAUGGCCUGACCCACAACAUGUUAGAUAACAUACAUGCUCAUUGGAAGCGAAAGAGAGUGUGCAAGAUAAAGUGCAAGGGGGUAUGUACGGUAGACAUGAAGAAUGUGCGAGAGAAACUGGAGGAAAAAACGGGAGGCAAGGUUAUAUACAGUAAAGGUGGUGUAAUUUACCUUUUCCGUGGCAGAAACUACAACUACAAAACACGCCCAAGAUUCCCGCUGAUGUUGUGGCGUCCCAUUACUCCUGUAUACCCUAGAUUAAUAAAACAAGUUCCUGAAGGACUUACAUUGGAAGAAGCAACUGAAAUGCGUAAAAAGGGAGAGAGUUUACUGCCAAUUUGCAAAAUUGGAAAAAAUGGUGUAUAUUGUAACCUUGUGAGGAAUGUUAGGGAGGCGUUCGGUGCUUGUGAAUUAGUGAGAAUCAACUGCCAAGGGGUGAACACAAGUGAUUACCGGAAGAUUGGUGCAAAACUCAAGGAUCUCGUUCCGUGUGUGUUGAUCUCAUUUGAGCAUGAACACAUACUCAUGUGGAGGGGGCGAACGUGGAAAUCCCCAACACCUGAGGCCAAAGAAGAACCAUUCACAACUCAUACAAGAACGGAAACAGUAGCCAAUAAUGCAUCCCUUGCUGUGCCUGAUGCCGAAGAAAUGAGUGAGAUCAAGAGAACAUCUGAUGAUCCAUUUGAGCACGAGGAUGAUGACGAGGAGAAAAAAGUUGAACCAGAAAAUCUUGACAACAGCAAGAAGAGGGAGAGCUUGAAAACCCCUUGGACAGAGGGAGUUUCGCUUCUCUUGAAUCAAGCCAUCGAAAGUGGGAGCGCGGUUGUGUUAGACGAUUCUUGUUUGGAUGCUGACAUUGUAUACCAAAGGGCUGUUUCUCUGGCCCAAUCGGCACCUCCAGGUCCUGUGUUCAGACAUGAACGCAAGAAAGUGGCCGAACAGCAAAUCGGCAAACCUGCAGAAACUGGUUUUGAGGGUACAGAAAGAAGAAGAACAGGACCCUUGAGUGGACUCAUAGAGAAGAGUGCAGCUUUUGUUCAGAAGGUAAGUGAGAGGAAGGUUUCAAUUGGAGAGGACGAUGUAAAUGUAGGCCUCAGGGUGGAUGAACUAGCUAAAUUACUAGCAUAAUAGUCCCAAUGAAUUUGGUAACUCUGUAAUUUUAAAAAUCAACCUUGUUCAGGUGAAAAAAAAAAAGAAUUUAUGUAAAUCUCUAUUUAUGUUUCUGCUAUCAUUCUCCAAUAGGGAUAAUGUAAAACCUUUUUGGGGAGUAUAAAAAAUAGGAAUAAUGACAUAAUGUGACU